GCGCAUGGCUCGAGGCAGGGAGCCGCCCUGCGCCACACACAAGAUGGCGGCCGGGCCGCGCUGGGGCGGGAAGGUCGACGCGCUGCUGUCAAGCGGCGCUGCCGCAAAAGGGCCGUGUUUGCGGCGGGCGGGGCCGUGCGGCGAGCGUCGGCGUCAGGUUUGGCAUCUGCAAAUUCCAGAUUUCCUCAGGGACAGCACUGCUGGCAAUGGCGAGGUGAUGGGCAGAGUUCUGGACCGGAGAAACCAAAGGCAAAACAUAAUGAAGCAGUGAAGAGAAACUGAAGGAAAGAAGUACUGCAUGUGUUAAAGAUCAGAAAACUGUUUCUGAAGUAUUUGGGCAAACAAGUAUAUAAGUAGUAAAAUCUAAAAAGGUUAAAAGUGUGUGGGAAGCAUGGGUUAUGAUAUCGAGCGUUUUGUUGGCUACGUUAACGAAGGGCUCUUAUGCUCCAUCUGCCGUGAUGUGUUAGAAGAUCCACUACAGGCUCCCUGUGAACACGCUUUCUGUACUGCUUGUAUACACGGGUGGCUCGUUCAUCACAGUAACUGUCCUGAAGACAGACAAGUGGUUGAUGUGUCUAUGCUACGACCUCUGUACAGAUAUAUGAAAAAUGAUUUAAAUCGUCUUCAGCUACACUGCAAAAACAGAGAGUAUGGCUGUGAAAUGGUUUGUUCUUUAGAGUCUAUCGACCGGCACGAACGGGAGUGUGAAUACAGUCAGAUACCGUGCUCCAAUGCUGGCUGUACAGUUCAGGUUGAGCGACGUAACCUUGAUGUUCACUUGGCAGUGUGUGAAUAUCGGAGCCGUGAAUGCCCCAACGGCUGUGGUUACACCAUUCUCAGCGCAGAAGACACGCAGCAUAACUGUGUAGCAGAGCUGAGAACCGAGCUAGAACUACUUCGGUCAGAAAUGAUCUGCAGAGUGGAGGAGGCAAAGCAUGAGAUGGAGUCAAGGUUAGAUUCACAGAGAAGGCAUAUGGUCCAGAAAGAGAGUAUUCUGCAGAAUGAAAUUGAAGAACUAAAGAGUCAGAUGUCCCGAAUGAUGUCAGAUGUACGUUCCCUGAUGGCUGCAGAGAGACAGCAUCGGCAGGAGCUGGAGCAAGCAGAGCUGGAAAAACGGGAACUAAUGGAGCUGCUGAGGGGGCUGCAGAAGGACUGUCGGUUAAGUACCACAGAGGGAAGCAGGAAGUCAGCAAACGUCCGCCCACUGACACGACUAGAGAGUGCAAAACGGAAACCCAGGGAAGUUACAGUUAUCUAAACAGAAGUAAGCUCAAGAAGCAUUUUCUUUCUGAUUUCUGUGACCAUCUGACAAAAGUUUUUACUCUCCAUGAAUGAUUGGUAAACUUCACAUCAUUUCUGAUUUGCUUGCUUUCUUUUUAAACCUGGAUUACAACCUCCUGUCCUCCUGGGCCAUAAAAACAAAUGGGAGAGUUUUCUCUUACAGAACACUGGGUAUUAAACCUGGUAAUUUUCAAAGAUGUUUGUAGCUCAUGUUUCCCUAAAAAGAGGGAAGAAAACUUGAUUUCUAUCUCUUCAGUGUGUCAUUUACAGACCUCUUUGUACCAUGAAAACCGGAAUCUUUUAAAGUCAAGGAUACUUGAAGUUUUUUUCUUUCCUGGUCCAUUAGAGUCUGUUUCAGUCCAGUUUAUGCUUGUACUUGAAACAGGAAAAAAAAGGAAAUGCGAUUAUCUGUAAUGACACUUGGGAUGUACUUAAUUUGGGGAAAGUCAGUAAUAGAAAUUAAUAGAUUUUGUUUGUAUCAUCUGUAGGAGGUAUAUCUCAAAGGUGAAACGAAAGCACUUUAAAUUCUAAAUCUACUGCUAUGUAACAGCUUCAGGUGAGCUUGACUUACUUUAGAGCUUCUCUUAACUUCCCAGGCUGACACACACUGAAGAGAUAUGUACCAGAGCCCAAGGUAAUAGUGUUACCCAAAACCUGUUACAUAGAUCUGUGUGUAAAUUAGAGUUUGUGGGAGAGGAUCUUGCAUUUUAUUUAGUAACUUGAGCUUUUCUACGUGAAAAUAUUAGCUUUCUAUAGGGUCCUUAAAGCCUAACUUCAGCCCAUUCAGUAUUCAAUAUUUAAAAAAAAAAAACCAACAUAUAAAUACUUUGAGUGGGGUGGUUUUAACCUGCUGGGCAGCUGAACGCCACCACAACCACUCUCUCAUUCCCCCUCCUCAAAAGAAGAGGGGGAGAAGAAAGUAUGAAUGAAAGAAAAAGGCUCACACAUUGAGAUAAGGAUAAUUUAAUUAAAGGGGAAAGAAAGUAGGGGGGGGAAAACAAGCAAAGGCCACGUGGAAGCAAAGAGGGAGGGAAAAAAACACCACAAUUCUUCUCUACUUCCCAUCAGUGAGCAAUGUUUGGCCACGUCCUGGGAAGCAGGGCCUCCGUACGUGGUUGUUCGGGAUGUCUUCCUAACAAGAGCCCCACCUUCUGCUUCCUUCCCCUUUCCCAGCUUUUAGUGCUGAGUGGGAUGUCAUAUGGCAGGGGAUGUCCCUUCGGGUCACCUGCCCUGCCCGUGUCCCUUCCCCAUCUCUUGCCCUCCUGGUUUGGGGGUGUUGCAGGGAGCCCUGGUGCCGUGCCAGCGCUGCUCAGCAAUAGGCGAAGCAGCGGUGCGGUACGGGGGCUGUUCUCCCGGCAAGCGCAGAGCUACGAGUAGCUCUGGUUUUCUUUUGGCGUGUUUAAGGCUAUUUGAGCAUUAAUGUCCACAGCAGAGGAAUAUUUGCACGGGGGCUUGGACUUCGAGUGUCUUAGUUCUCAAGUCUGCAGCCGUGUCAGAGCUAGGAUUUUGUAACAGACUGACAAAUACUGGACUGAGGGGACGUAUCCCUGUAAGGACUGGAGUAUGAGUGAGAAAUCUGUACAGCUCAAAGACUUUUCUCUAAACUUCUCACAAAGCCUGUUUGCGUUGUUUUCAGAGCUAUAACUAAGCCAUAUUCUGUCCUCUGGUGCAGCCAUUCAGUGGAAUAGCUGGGGGAGAACCUGGCCUCCUGUUUACUGACUGUGCUAAAUCAGCUUUGACCUUUCAGGAAAGAUGUGUGCAGGUGCAACGGUCUUAAUAAGCCAAUUCUCUAGCUUAGAAAGCAAAUACGAUACUGCGUGCUUUGCUGUCACUCAGAGCAAUGCUUUUAUGGCUAACACCAUAACCAAAGAGAGAGACAGCAGCCUUCUUUAGCACAUACACUACAUUAGAAAAACUUGUGGCCAGCGUUCUCUUCAUUUCAGGCAUUAAUAAAUCCUUAUAACCUGUUCCUUCAGUAACACUGAAACAAACGCGCACAUGUUCAGUUGUCGUACGCUGAAAAUCUAACACAAAUAACUCUCCUGUAAAGUCCUUUUGUUUUUCUGAAAGAAAACAUUCACAGGAAGAGCUACGACCAAAUAUCUAUUUGGUUUUCACUUCACACUGUGUAUAUUCUAGAUUAAACUACGCUCACUGACAGCGUUUAGGGCAUUAUAGCAGUCUCUUCCAAUUCACGACAUAGCACAUCUCUUCAGCAGCCGUAUGCCACGAAGUGGGACAGUAGCACAGUCGCUGUGAUUUGGGAAUAAUCCCCUUCGUUCCCAGCAGGCAUUCAGUGGUCAUUUCAUGUACAUCCGUGUGCAUACUAAAGCUGUAGGUAGAGACUUAGAAAGCUUUGAUCAUCUCGUGUUCUCUGUGAUUUUUGUGACUGUUUCAGCUUUCCCACUGAUUUUUGAAGCUUCUUAGCCACACCAGAUUUCAUGCUAGUAGAAUCAGGACGUUUUCAGGAUGUUUUUCUGUGUUCUAUAACCGUGCGGUUCUGUGAUGUGAUUUUAAUCUACCUUGCUUAAUGUGAAAGAAGAAAAUUCCUUCAAAAUCCUAUGGAACUCAGAUGAGCUGGAGCAUCCGUCCCAAACUGGAGGGCAGUAAAGAUCACCCGAUCUUUUCUAUUCUGAUCAGAAAAAAAGCAAGUAAUUAGCUGUGCUUUUCCUAUAACAGGAUCUCUCUAUUUGUUUUUAAGGGUUUCACCCACUGAUUUUGUGACUGAAUUCUUUCUAGUAUAGGAAGUAGGGUUUAUUUAGUAUUUACCUAGCAUUUGGUCUGCUCUCUGUCCCCUAAGCGACACGCAGGGAGGGAGCUGUGUGAGAAAACACGCCCUAGGUGGUGCAAUCUGUGCAGCUUCCAUUUGCCAGCUCUGGAGAGUCUCAGCUUCCAGUGUUGAAGUGGGGCAGUGCCUUGGGCCCCCUUGCUGCUGGAAGGACCUGUCAGCUGCGUCUCCUUUAGCAGGAAACAAGCUCGCACCCAUCUCUUGAACGGGGAUACACUGGCUGAUGGCAUCUGUUCCUUCCGCUUUAAGCUUGAGCCCGUUCCUCAGUGACAACUGUUCUGCGCUCAGAUUUUCCCCUACUACUGAACCACUCACAGGGCAGCGUACGCUUAACCAUGGUCAUCAUUUUACCUAUUUCUUAAAAUUAACUGGACUGAAAUAGCCCGUUAAAAUAAUGCUUUACCUGGUUUUAGCUUUUCCAAUUUCAUGUAUUAACACAGCUCUUAACAACAGGUAGCAGAGGGAUUUCUUUAUUCCGUUCAAAUUGGUUUUAUAAAAAGGAUUAACAGACUAAGGGUCCAAAUACUGUAGUAGACUUGGGGUAGGUGAAGGCACUCACUUGCUACUUCCCAGUCAUCAGUUUAGGAUUACAUGAAAGACUGCUAAAAGUGCAUUUCCUAAUUUCAUUCUGUGCAUUCCAGCACUGAAUUACUGGCAACAAUUAUGCUAAUAUUCUUAUACUACAUCACACUCUAAUGGAUUCUGUUUCCUCACAAUUGGACCCUAGUUCCUAAGAUACAUAAAAAUGGUUAAUCUUGCAAAUUGAACAGGUACUCCAGUGGACCAGGAGCCAUGCAAACAGUUGCAUUUAGCAGCUAGGACAGGGAGGAGGACUGGGAGAACGACUGACUGCAGCAUACCCUGUGUCUUCCCUCAGCCUGAGAGCAACGAUGCAGCUGUGCCAGCUGGCUUACCAACACGAACUGCUGGCUUGGGGGGGCAUCACAAUUAACACAGCAUUAGAAAUAAAACGAGAAUAAGUCCUUGUCCACAACUGAGCGCUAAACGUAAUAGUACCAAACCUGCAACAUCCUCAAACAAAACACACAGAGAGGUGGUUGUUAAGUAAAGUACCGGAGACUACAAGGCGUUACAAUCAGUUGAGUAAAUCCUUAUCCUACAUUAAAUUGAGUGAAAAAUGAUAAAGAUAUAUUUAAAGAAAUUAACAUUUUAAAAUGAGUGUUAAAGUUUGUAUUUGAAAGAAAACCAACAUUUACAUAUUUAUUCUGAAGAGGCCAGUUAAAAAUACCUUUAAAUAAAUUCCCUUAAACCGACUUCUCAACUUGAGAGGUCAAAUUCAAAAUACUGCUCUCUCUGCUUCCUUUAGCAUUAAAGUUACAUUCCCUGUUUUCCUGCUGUCUUCCCAAAGCAAAAAUUUGUCAGAAGCCUCAGCCAGCGUGGAGCUGUGCUGCUCAGAUUAUUUGGAAAGGGAAGGAUGAGUUGGGAGUGCUUCUAGUAGGGUUAGCUGAGAUUUGACAGAGGUUAGAAUUGAGACCCCGGCAUCUGAGUCAGCUGCAAGACAGAAUUUCACCAGCCUUGCUCAUUAAGAUGACAGUUCUUAGUUAGUAUUAGAUUAACAGGCCUGCAUGAGGUUGGCAGGACCAACAAGUUGACCAACCAAAACGUUGACCCCAGGAGGCCAGCUGGUCCAACACCCCUGCUCAAGCAGGGCCAAGAGCAGGUCGCCCAGCACCACGGCCAGGUGGCGAAUACAUACACCAGAGUUAGAAGGGAAUAGAAUCAUAUAUAGAAGGGAAUGAAUAUAGAAGGAAAUACAGAAGGGAAUGGAAUCAUACAUUCAAGCAGAAAGCCUAAUACAGUGAUGUAUUUUGACUGGAAAAAAGUGUUUUUAUCUCAACUGUUAAGUGUUUUUAAGAAAUGCAAUGCAUUAAUAGACCCUAGUUCCUAAGAUACAUAAAACGGUUAGUCUUGCAAAUUAAGUUUUCCAGAUGCUGCCCUCUCGGAUGUUUCUGGCACGGUGCUUUUCUACAGCUGUUUUCCUUACAAGUGCUGGAUAGUAUUUAAAAGGAGCAGUACCAGCCUUUCCUUUCUCACGUACUGCUGAGCGGAUGAGGUACGGUAGGUCAGGGAGAUUUUACCACAUUGACAGAUGCCUUCACAGAGACCUACAAUUCUAUGCAACUUUGUAUUAACAAAUAACCGUUGACGUGUCUUCCAGCAUUAUGGUUCACUGCCAGCCUAGCUACGUUUUCUACCUUUAUAUAUACAUGGAUAAAACAGUGCUUAACAGACCUUGAUCUCUGGUAUGUACAAGAAACAGUAUUUGUAUCACUUUGAAGUACACUUUGUAUAAAAGUUGAACUAAUAAAGGAUUAUACUGUAAUUAA